CUCAGCACCACCGCCAUAAUCCUCGGCCUCCUAACCUCGGGCGGAGGAAUCACCGGAUACGUCCGAACCGGUUCCAUCCCUUCCGUAGUAGCAGGCUGUACAGUGGGCGCUUUGUACUUACUGGGAGGCUAUCGACUACAACAAAAAGCCGCAUAUGGAGUUGAAUUGGCAUUGCUGGCCUCCAUCGUGCUCGCGGGCUCGAGUUUCCCUCGAGCGAUCAAGACGGGAUUCAAACCGCUUCCGACGGGAUUGAGUGUGUUGGCGAGUAUUGGACUUGUGCAGUUUGGGAUGGCGUAUGUGAAUAGGACGAAGUAG